GGACAGUUUUGUGAUUAUUGCAAUGCUGCUGAUCCCAGUAAAGCUCACCCGAUAACCAAUGCAAUUGAUGGCACGGAGCGCUGGUGGCAAAGUCCUCCUCUUUCUAUGGGCUUGAAGUACAAUGAAGUCAAUGUCACUUUAGAUCUGGGACAGCUCUUCCAUGUUGCCUAUAUCCUUAUCAAGUUUGCAAAUUCUCCUCGUCCAGAUCUCUGGAUCUUAGAAAGAUCAGUGGACUUUGGAAGGACUUACACUCCCUGGCAAUAUUUUGCUCACUCUAAAGCAGAUUGCUUGGAGCGCUUUGGAAAGGAAGCUAAUCUUCCGGUGAGGAGGGACAACGAUGUCCUUUGCACCACAGAGUACUCUCGCAUUCUGCCUCUUGAAAAUGGAGAGAUUGUAGUAUCUCUGGUAAAUGGCCGCCCAGGAGCAAAAAACUUCACAUAUUCCCCCAGUAUUCAAGAAUUCACAAAAGCAACAAACAUCCGCCUUCAUUUUCUCAGAACUAAUACGCUUCUUGGACACUUGAUAUCAAAAGCUCAACGAGACCCCACUGUAACCCGUAGAUAUUACUACAGUAUAAAGGACAUCAGUAUUGGUGGUCGAUGUGUUUGCCAUGGCCAUGCUGAAGUAUGUAAUGCAAAGAUUGCUGAAAACCAACACCAGUUUCAGUGUGAAUGUCAACAUAACACUUGUGGGGAAACUUGUGAUCACUGCUGCCCUGGAUAUAAUCAGAAACAGUGGCAACCUGCAACAGCUGGGAGCACAAACCCAUGCGAACCCUGCAAUUGCCAUGGACAUGCCAGUGAUUGCUACUAUGAUGCUGAUGUUGAUCAGCGUCAAGAAAGUUUAAACAUCCAUGGGCAUUAUGAAGGUGGAGGAGUUUGCAUUAACUGCCAGCAUAACACAGCUGGUAUUAACUGUGAGAAGUGCGCAAAAGGUUAUUAUCGUCCUUAUGGUGUUACAGCAAGAGCUCCCGACGGCUGUAUACCCUGCAGUUGUAACUUGGAGCAUGCAGAGGGCUGUGAGGAAGGGACUGGCCGCUGCUUCUGUAAGCAGAAUUUCCAGGGAGAAAACUGUGAACUCUGUGCUGAUGGAUUCUAUGGUUACCCGUUUUGUGUCCGUAUUCCUGUAUACCCUUUUACUUCUCCAAAUCCAAGAGAUGCUGUGGCUGGUGACAUAAUUGUCAAGUUCUUGCGUGCCAGUGCCAUGGUGCGGGAAUGCUGGGUGGUGACUGCAAUGGAAACACCGGACAGUGCAGAUGUCGAACUGGAUUUCAGGGGUUUUCCUGUGAUACCUGCACAGAUGGUGUGCGAAUGUAACCUGGCAGGUACCCAGCCCCAAGUCUGCGAUUUUCUUGGGAGGUGUCUUUGUCGCUCAGGGGUAGCUGGACUUCAGUGUGACAGCUGUCAGCCUGGCCACCACUCGUUCCCGGCCUGUCAAGCUUGUCAGUGCUCUCCUGAUGGUUCCCAGCAUGGCCAGUGUGAGCCAACGAUGGGGCAGUGUGAGUGUCAGACGGGCGUCACGGGGCGACAGUGCAACCGAUGCCUUUCUGCAGCUGCCAGUUUCCCCUACUGCGAAGGUGUCAACAGCGAGUGUGACCCUUCAGGUAGCGUUGGUUCUUAUUCUGGCUAUUGUCAAUGUCUUCAGCACGUUGAGGGUCCUACCUGUAGUAAAUGCAAACCAUUGUACUGGAACCUGGCCAAAGAAAACCCCGAGGGAUGUACAGCAUGCCAGUGUGAUGUGAGUGGAACACUAAGUGGAGUUGGAGAAUGUCAGCAGGAAAAUGGGCAUUGUUAUUGCAAACCUAAUGUUUGUGGAGAUUCCUGUGACACUUGUGAAGCUGGUUAUUAUGGUCUCGAAAACAAGAAUUAUUUUGGCUGCCGAGGUUGUUGGUGUGAUGUUGGAGGAUCCCUGAGCCCAGCGUGUGCCGAGCCCUUGGGUGGCUGCCAGUGCAGGGCGCACAUCAUGGGGACAGCGUGUCGGGAGCCUGAAAAAAACUACUUUUUCCCUGAUUUGCACCACAUGAAGUUUGAGAUUGAAGAUGGUACUACUGCCGGGGGAAGGGAAGCUCGGUUUGGCUAUGAUCCCCAGGAAUUUCCUAGCUUCAGCUGGAGAGGAUAUGCCCAGAUGUCCUCUAUACAGAAUGAAGUGAGGAUAACUUUGAAUGUGGAAAAAUCAAACCUCUACUUAUUUCGCAUUAUCCUGAGGUAUAUUAACCCUGGAGGUGAAACAUUAUCUGGCUGCAUAUCUGCCUGUCAAUCUCGGCCUGAAACAGGGGUUGCUCAGAGCAAAGAGUUUGUCUUCCCACCCAGCAAGGAGCCAGCUUUUGUCACAAUCCCAGGAAAAAACUCUGCAGAACCUUUCUCACUGGUUCCAGGCACGUGGACUGUCAGUAUAAUGGCAGAGGAAGUCCUUUUGGACUAUAUGGUGCUGUUACCUAGUGAUUACUAUGAAGCAUCCAUCUUGCAGAUACAAGUUACAGAGCCUUGCACCUAUGGAGGACGUGCUUCAACAGAGCACUGCUUGCUCUAUCAGCAUUUGCCGUUGGGCAGAUUUUCCUGUGUCCUUGGUUCAGAGGCAGCGUAUCUCAGCCAUGGGGGAGAAUACAGAAAAAUACCUACGCGACAGCCAACUCCUGAUCAACCAGUGAUGUCCCAUAUCAGUGGAAGAGAGGUCAAUUUACAGAUAACCAUAGAUGUUCCUCAAGUCGGUCGCUAUGUUCUGGUUUUUGAGUAUGCCAAUGAAGAGGAUCGAUUGUACACUGUCGAGGUAAUAAUACAUAGCCCUGGACCUGUCACUGAAGGCAGAGUGAGAAUAUACAGUUGUAAAUACAGUUUCCUUUGUCGCAGCAUUGUAGUUGACGAUAGGAAUCGCAUUGCAGUCUAUGACCUUCUAGCAGAUACAAAGAUCCAUCUUAAGUUGUCAUCAAUUAAUUUUCUUCUGCACAAGGUUUGUAUUAUAUCAGCUGAAGAAUUUUCUCCAGACUACGUGGAUCCUAAAGUACAGUGCAUAGCUGCUUACGGGAGUACCCGUGAUGGAAGUGCAACAUGCAUUCCCUCAGUGUAUGAAACUCCACCAGCAGCUUUGGUUUUGGAUGCAUUCAAGGACGGGAAAAUUUCUGAAGUACAGAGAAAUAUACUCUAUGAUCCACUGAGUGCCCCUUUACCUUCUGACUCAGUUAAUGGAGUCACCCUGACACCGUUACAGAACCAGAUUACCUUGAGUGGCAGAGUGCCCCACUUGGGCAGAUAUGUAUUUGUGGUACAUUUUUAUCAGCCAGCACACCCAGUGUUCCCCGUCCAAGUGCGUGUGGAUGCGGGACGUGUGUGGUCAGGUUCCUUCAAUGCUUCAUUCUGCCCUCAUACCUCUGGCUGUCGGGAUCAGGUGAUUGCAGAAAACCAAAUUGAGCUUGACAUUUCUGAACCCAAGAUCACUGUUACAGUGAUGAUACCUGAUGGAAGAAUGCUGGUUCUGGAAAAUGUCUUAGUUGUUCCAGCAGACACCUACAGUUACAAAAUUCUUGACAAAAAGACAGUGGACAAGUCAUUUGAUUUUAUCAGCCAAUGUGGAGGAAACAGUUUUUAUAUUGACCCAGAAGGAUCAUCAGACUUCUGUAAGGACUCUGUAAGGUCACUAGUGGCUUUCUACAACAACGGAGCCCUGCCAUGUAAUUGCCAUAAUGCCGGUGCCAUGAGCCCUACUUGCAGCCCCCUGGGAGGACAGUGUAUUUGCAGACCUCAUGUCAUCGGUCGUCGGUGCAACCGAUGCCAAACUGGCUACUAUGGAUUCCCAUUCUGCAAGUUAUGCAACUGUGGACAGCGUUUGUGCGAUGACGUAACUGGUAAAUGCAUUUGCCCUCCGCAAACUGUGAAACCGAAGUGUGAAGUGUGCGAGAAACUUCACUUCAGCUAUCACCCUCUUGCUGGCUGCGAGAGCUGCAACUGUUCAGAAAAAGGAGUCGUUAAUGUGGCAAACCCAGAAUGUGAAAAAACCAACGGGCAAUGCAAAUGCAAACCAGGAAUAAAAGGACGGCAGUGUGACCAGUGUGCUCCUGGUACUUAUGGUUUCCCAAACUGUGUGCCGUGUAACUGUAACAGAGAUGGAACAGAACCGGAUGUUUGCGAUCCCCAGACAGGAAUUUGUCUCUGUAAGGAGAAUGUUGAAGGUGCAGAAUGUGAUACUUGCCAACCAGGAUCCUUUUAUCUGGACCCUUCUAAUCCCCAGGGAUGCACCUCUUGCUUUUGUUUUGGGGCAACCAGCAACUGUCGCAGCACAAAUCGUCGUAGAACCAAG